UUUUUUUUUUUAAUUUUAUGUCAAUUUGUUAACCAACUACUUAGCUCAAUCAGCUUUGAGGUUAUUUUUGGUGAAUACAAUAGUAUUCGUUAUGGGAGAUUCAUUCAAACCAAAAAUCAGCACUACAGGGAAGCAAGAUCCAGUGCUUCGGAAGGCGGAGCUGGAUUAUAUGAAAAUAAUAGAGGAGAAGAAUCGUGAACGCGUACAAAAGCUGGAGUUGAUUGCAAGGAGAAACAGAUACACGGGCUUGACUAUUGGCGCCGGAGUUCUUGGCAUUUAUUUAUAUUCUAUAUUUGCAGUGAAGCAGGAGACUUUCCUUGACGAUUUCAACGAACCAGCUAAGGUGCAACAACAGUAA